AAGAGUGGGGGAAAGUAGAGUGCGUGCGCGCUCGAGUUGAACGCGGUUGUCAGUGUCAAUUGGUUCGCCGCGGCGACUUAAGGUGUCGUCGACGUGUAACCCGACGUUGUACUCGAAAGUUUUUCCUCGCGUUCCGUCAUAGUUGAAAACAAUACGUUUGUCAUUCGUAUCAUCCCACGUUUAUUCUUGUGUGUUUACCAUCUCUGCUGUGAAAGCAAACGACAAAGCGUUAUAUUACGACGGUGGUUCGGAAGAUCGGAAUCGAUCGGAAACAGGAACUUCGAUUUUAACUCGUCCUCAAUUUUUUGUUCGUCCGUCUGCCCGUCAACGACGACGGGCAGCCACGUUUCAUCGAUCGAGCAAACAAGUUCUUUUUUUUUGGUGAUCCCGCUGAAAUAUCGUAAAAGCAGCGCGUCUAUUGGUGACGAUCCACACAGUGCGUACGAUCGGUCGAACGUGAGACUAAUCGCGAGAAACUUCAUAAGCUCACUUUUUGUCGUUUCUGUUCCGUACGUUGGUACGUUAUCGUCGAUUAAAAACGUCACGUGUGGUGCCGGACAACGAGAGUAUAUGCGAAAGUACUCAGAAACGCAUCGUAUCCCUGCACGCUAAGUGGACGGGGGAGAACGCUCAGAUCGGAUACAUGUUAGCGUGCUUCGAUAUCGGUGAACAUCGGUGAGACGUGCUGUGUCACUGCGCCCCGACGACAACACGAAGAGGCUCUUACAAGAUUGUGGCUCCCUGGAGAUCGGCGAGGAACGCCAACGUCGGGUCGCUAUGAUGGAGUCCCUGUGCCAGGUGAGCGGCACCAAGAACAUUGGAGGCAGCGACAACACCGCCAACACCAACGGCAACAACAACAGCAGCAGCAACAAUUGCCCGGAUCCCCAGCAGAGGCUGGCGGUGCUCAGCUUCGACCAAGUUAAACGACUGAACGACGUGAUGAACGAGGUGGUGUGCAUCCACGGGCGUGGAAAUUUCCCCACUUUGGAGGUCAGAUUGAGAGAUCUGGUGAACGUGGUCCGCAGCAAGCUCGAGUCCGACCCGAGCAGCGGCGGUGCCGGAAUGAGGGUGCGCGACAUAAGGCUGAACGGUGGCGCCGCCUCCCACGUUCUGGCCACCGAGUCGCAGCCGUACAACGAUCUGGACCUGAUAUUCGCCGUGGAGCUGUCGAGCGGGCGAAAUUACGACAAGGUGAAGGCCGCGGUGCUCGGCUCGCUGUUCGACCUGCUGCCGGAAGGCGUCAGCCGCAAACGGAUCACCACUUGCAGCCUGAAAGAGGCGUACGUGAGCAAGAUGGUGAAAGUGAACAACGAAGGCGACCGAUGGUCCCUGAUCUCCCUCGGGAACUCGCGAGGGCACAGGAACGUCGAGCUCAAGUUCGUCGACUCGAUGAGGCGGCAGUUCGAGUUCUCGGUCGACUCGUUCCAGAUCGUGCUCGACUCGCUCCUCCUGUUCUACGAGUGCAGCAAGCUGCCCAUCGGGGAAAAUUUCUACCCGACGGUGGUCGGCGAAUCCGUGUACGGCGACUUCCAGGAAGCGUUGUACCACCUCCACAAGAAGCUCAUCUCGACGAGGAGUCCGGAGGAGAUUCGCGGAGGCGGCCUGCUCAAGUACUGCAACCUUCUGGUCAAGAUGUACAAACCCUCGCAACCCGAGUACAUAAAGACCCUCGAGCGAUACAUGUGCUCGAGAUUCUUCAUCGACUUCCCCGACAUCGGCCAGCAACGCGCCAAACUCGAGAACUACCUGUGGAACCACUUCGUCGGCCCCGAGGAGGAGACCCUCAAGUAUCAGUACCUGAUGUUACUCCACAACGUAGUGGAAGAAUCCACCGUGUGCCUGAUGGGCCACGAGAGACGGCAGACCCUCGCCUUGAUCGAAAAUCUUGCCUACCAGGUGUUGUGCCAGGAGCAGCAGCAACGAUUGACCAACCAUCAGCAAGCCCCGCCCGGACCACCCGCCACCUACGUAUACGCCAACGGCUAUUACUACGCGCCGGUGAUACCCGCGUGUUACACGUGCACCUGCAACUCGUGGAUGGCGUGCUCGUCGUGAUGCGACACCGACGCCAACGCCGCCAUCGUCGCCACUAGCGCCGCCACCGCCACCGCUACGACAACUACCGUCAUCGACGUCCGCGACAUCUCUGCGAUCGUCACCGACCACGAAACCAACAUCGAUCGGACUCUGCUUACCGACCACGGGGGCCGACGUCCGCCAUCCGGACACGACGAUCCUUGUCCAUUCCGGGAUAACGAGAACGACGAUGAUCGAUCGUUGAUUGUUCACGGGCCGAAGGAGUAUUGUCUGGUUCUCAGUUGACGCUUGGACGUGCAUCGAACAUCGCGCGUUGACCAAUUCGGGGUGUGACGUGGACAAUGAGCAAUGGUACGAUCUCGUUGAAAUCGAAAAGGAAACGGAGGAUGAACUCGCCGUGACGAUCGACGUUCGUUCGGAUUCGGGGAACACUGAACAGACACCUGAAGACAGAUCCAAACCGAGGAAUGCUCGAUUCGUUUAUCAUUAUAACAUUACGUACGUACGUUCGUUCGUUCGUUCGUUUCGUCUAUUCGUGUAUCUUUCCGUUUCUCCUGAACGCGUUUACCACCAACCGCAACGGACGAAUCGGUUGUCGUGGAGGGGGGAGGGGGAGGGAGAAGGACCAAAACACGACUUGGUCGUAGGGGAUCAACUGAGAGACUACAAGACUCCAAACGAAACGAAAUAAAAUGAAAUAAAAUAAAAAAUAAAAAAUAAAAAAAAAAGAAUGAUAACAAACGAAGCGAAGCAAAUGGAGAAAAAGUAACGGAGAACGUGUUGUGCCUAAUACGAUAAUUCAAACGAAUAAUAGUGGGGAGAGAAAAAUGUAAUCCGUUUGCGUACGCGCGGUAAAUAUAACAGACGAUUUUUACAUUCUUAUUAUUGUGCGCGCGUCGAGAUAGAACGAGAUAGACGCGUGUAACUCGCGAUAGUGGCGCGAGAAGGACGGAGACACUGUGCGUGCAUCGAAAGAAACACAAGCUGCCGUUCACCGGCAUCAGCUCGCCAAGAUUUCGAACGACAGCGAAUGGAAGAAAAUGGAUGUUGUUUGCGUACGAUGGGAGAAGAAAUUCGAAAAAAGACCGACGACGACGACGAGAGAGAGAAAAAACGAAAGGAUAGAGAGCGCCUGGAAUCGGAAUUAACCGGAAAAUAACAGAGUAACGAUGCGUCGUUAGCGCAUAAUGGAAGCGUCCGUAUCAACGUUCCACGGUCGCUCUUUCUUUUCUUUUUUCCCCGGACGAAGGAAAACGAAAAACAAAAAAAGAAAAAAAUACAAAAAAUAAAAAAAAUAUAUAUAUAUAUAUAAAACGAAUGAACAUAACGUUUCGAAAAUGUAUACUAAAAAAGGUAACGGUAAAUACACAGAUUUCAGAAAAGAAAAAAGCAACAACAAAAAAAAUAAAUUUAAAACAAGCAGCAGGCUACGAAACAUUAACGGGUGUGGCGUUUGCUAAAAAGAUUAAUUAUAAAUAUAUAAAUAAAUAUAUAUAUAUAUAAUAUAUAUAUAUAUAUAUAUAUAUAUAUAUAUAUUUAAAAAUAUAUAUAAAUACAUGUAUAAAAAUCUGUGUAUAAAUAUUAAUGUGUGGCUGUGAACACAUUUCAUUUAGAUACUACUGUAACGUGAUACAUAAGAUUGAGGGAAAAAAUUGAGGAUGAGCGGCGCGAUCCAUGAGAGAGAUCGAGAGUUUGUACGCGGAGAUAGAGAGAGAGAGAGAGAGAGAGAGAGAGUGUGAGAGUGGGAAAGAGAGUAAAAGAGCGAAGGAGAUAGAGAAAGAAGAAAAUCAACCAGGGGUGAAAGACGGUUCUAUUCGUUUUUAUCUUUUUCCAAUUUUUGCGUGAACCAGCGCUGUCGUGUCGCAAAUAAAACAAAAAAAAAAAAAAUGAAGACGUAACGAGUACACAACACAUAUUCGUGCGCAUAUAUGUUGCGAAUCAUAUUGCGAAUCGUAAAAAAGUAAACAAAGAUGAAGAUUAAUUCGGGUAAAAAAAAACCAUGAUUUAGUGAAGACACACAUAUAUAUAUAUAUAUAGAAAAUGAGACUAAUCUAAAAUGAUGAGAAAAAGCUCAAAGAACGGUGUCGAACGAGAUUCAAAUAAAUUAGAAAACGGAUUCCUCUCCCUAUAUUACACGCGAAAUUACACACGUAAUCGUAUGCGAUACGAUGAAUACAUAUAUCGUAUAUAUAUACAUAUAUAUAUUUACAUAUAUGUGAACUUAUUAAAUACGUACGCGUGGUCCUUCGAUCGAGCAGCGACGGUCAACAAUCGUCAUAACUGCUUGCAUAACUUUCUUUUUCUUUUUUAGAUACCGAUAAUUAUUCGAUGCUAUAUCCUGAGAUCCGUUGAUAGUGUGUCGCGAAGAAAGAGAGAGAGAGAGAGAGAGUAAAAGAGAAAUAAAAUAUACGCGUGUCGCGUGCCCAUGUUUCUCUGCCCAUGAUAAAACGUAUUUGCAUAAUAAAACAUAAUAGUACUCGGUGCGACGAACUUGCAAAUUGUAUAUCGUUCUGCGAAUCGCUGCGUUAUACACACAAACGAGCACGCAUGUGUGUGUAUCCACGUGUGUAUAAUCCGUUCUAUACAUGCACAGAGAAUACACCACGGAUCUUUGAGCGUUUCCACGCGUCUUUUGCACAUGUCUCUGUCUCUCCAUCGUGUUUCCGUUCUAUCCUUGUCUUUCUCUCUCUCUCUUUCUCUUUCACGAACACGUAAUAUACGUCAUAUACAUAUACACGUACAGUAGCGUUAAUAUAUAGGGCUGAGGGAAAGAGGGGAUGAGUGUUCGCGACUUGGCGUCUCUCUUUUAUGCGCGUGUUCGUAUCGACUGGUGACCCCGUUAGUCAACUCAGUCAGUCACUUUGCUCGCUCGCUCGCUCGUUUACCAGCUAAGCUGCUUCUAGCCAGGCCUCGUUCGCUCGCUCGUUCGCUCGCUCGCUCGCUCACUCUUCCUUUCAGUUUGCAAGCGAAAGUAAAGGCCUAAUAAAAAGCCCGCAAACUGGUUUUUCAGGUAUAUCGCGUGUUAACGCUAAGGAGAGCCAGGCCGACUAGCGACGUUGUAUGCACCCGGUAUACACCUCUAGCCGCCUGUUCCCCGUUUCCUUCGAUAUCAUCACUACAUUUUCUACCACCUAUAGGUGAUUCUUGUAGUAGUUGCUUCCCUCGCGAAAUUCAAUUGAUUUUCUUACGAGUUUCUGUUACGUUUUUCCCUUGCGAUAUAUUUAUGCAGAGACAACUUGUUGUUACUGAAAACGUUAUUUUUUCCAUUGUUGAUUCUUUUAAUAUAAUCUGGUGGAAGAUACGCAGAAAAUUCGCGGUGAAGAUAUUCAUAGAGAAAAGAGUAUUAUAGUCGUUUCGUAGUUCUGAAAGCGUUUCGUAAACGUUAUAUAUUUUGAAUUAGGUUACUCGAUUAUAAGAAUAUAGAAUUGAACUAUUUUCUUCUUUGAUACGAAGCUUUGGUAAUUUUUUUUUUUUUUCUUUUUGAGUUCGAUGCAUAUACAUUGUUUGUGAUCAGCAUCGAUGAUCUUACAUUUUUUAGGUUUAUUACGAUAGGAUCUUGAAUGUUGAAGUAACUCGAGUCGAAACGAUGUUAAGUUUAUCUUGAAAAAAAUCAGAUGAGUUAAAAUCUCACGUAUUUUAAGUUCAUUUUCAAGUGUCUCCAGAAUGUGUUCCCAUUUGAUAGAUUUUAAGACAUUUAGAAAAAACGAAGUAUAGUUUAAACGUCCAAAGCGGAAGUUUGUUUUAUAAGUUCGAUAAUAUUAAUGAAUAAAGAGCUCGAGUUCCGAGUCUUUAUUUACUCGAUUCUGUUCUUUUUUUCUUUUUUUUUUUUUCUUUCUUUCUUUUUUUUUUUUUUUUUUCGUUCGCCAUCUCAAGGAUCGUUAAAAGAGUCGAGAUUUCUUUGGUUUAGCGAGACUUUUCGGGUUUUUAUAAAAAAUCUUUUGAUCGCGUCUAUUUAAUUCUUGAAAGCUUUAAACCCUUAUUAUCUUAAUCUAUCUAUUUCUCGAUUCAGAUCCAUUGUUCUUUCUUUUUAACGUAGGUGACAGAAUUAAAAUAUAUUCGUUUGUAUCGAAAAAUAAAUAAUGAAAAGGAGAAAAGAAAAAUACCUAAAUGAAAUGUAUAUACAUAUAUAUAUAUAUAUAUAUAAAACUUUAUAAAUUAGUUAAAAAUUAUAAAAAAAAAAGGAAAAAAGAAAAAAAACUCGUAUCUUUUUAUCACAUUCGUUUUUACUCAAUAUCGUAUAUAUCUUAUCAUUGUAUGAAUUUUUUUAAAUAUAUUUUAUAAAUACAUUCGAAGAAUUCAAUCGUUUAUGAUUGGCAUAAUUUUCCUUUUGAAAGAUUUAACUAGAUAGAUGGCUCAAUCUCUAAGAAUUCCAUACUUUUUCUUUUUUAACGUAUUUCUUCUCUCUCGAUCAUUACUUGAUAUACGAAGGAAAAUUCGAUUUUAUUUAGAUACAGUUUAUAAUUUUCAUUGAUAAAACAAGAAUUUUAAGAAAACAAACGCGCAGAGAAUGCACACCAUAUUUUAUACGAUUGUUCUUCUAAGCAUUUUUAACUUUGAAAUGCUUUAAAAAUCACGUUUCUUUUAUACGUUAUUCGAUUUAGAUUUUCUUUCGUUUGUUCUUUAAUAAACAAAUAAAAAAAAUGAUGAGAUUCUUUGAUCUUUGAUCGAAGAAUCUUCUUCGUAAGAAUAUAUUCGUGCUUUUUUUUUCUAUAAAAAUAUGAAAUCGUUCUCUUCCAAAUUAGUAGAUCUUUCAGAGUGAUCGAAGCGAUACGAGUCGAUAUUAAAAUUUCAUUGAUACGAAUAAUUAUCGAUGGACAAAGAAUUUGACGUAUUUUCCGAACAGAGCAUCCAAAAUUCUUCGCUUGAAAAAUUACAAUGAUUAACAGUUCGAGAUUGUAGGAUUCAAAGUAAUUUCUUUCUUCGUCUCAUUUUUCGAAAUGAAUCUCUCGAGUAAUCGUGAAUAAUAAAGGAUUGCAUGAAUAGAUAAACGAUCAUCAUCAAUUUUCAAUCGCGUGUCGUAAAUAAUAUAAGAAUUUACAACUUAACGUAAGAACAAAAUGUCGCAUAAGUGUACAUAAAAAUUGAAAAUACCGAGAAAGUAAUUUAUAAAUCUUAUUUUACAAAAUGUGUAUUAGAUUUAAUAAAAAAAAAAAAAAAAGAAAAAGAAAAAAGAAAAAAAAAGGGGGAAAAAGCAGGUCCAAGAAAUAAAAUAAAUAGACCGAAAAUGAAUAUUUUUGAGUAUUUUUUUUUUAGUAAUAAUUAAUUUAAAAAUAUAAAACUUGAUAACGAAUCUUCUUGUGAUAGUUUAUCUUUAUUUAAAGCUUUGCGUGUCGAAAUAAAUGGAAGAAAUUAAUAUAAUUACGAAAUAAAAAUGUAUCGAAACGAUACUUUGGAAGGGAGAAAUUUUAAUCGACGGUCGGAGGGAAUUAAGACAGGGAACGGAAAUCGUAAGAAUGAAGAGAAAAACAUACGAGUUAAAUUGAUACAAAGAAAAAAAAAAAGAAAAAAAAAGAGCACAAAAUUAUUUCAAAAUAUAAAUUAAUAAAAAAUUAAUAUACAUGUAUAAAGAUAAGGAUUUUAGUUUUAAUCGAAGCGAGUUGAAAGAAAGAGGGAUUAAAAAAAAAAAAAUAAUGAGAUAAUUCAUCUGCGGUUUCAAAAAUUUUUGUAAACGAAUUGUAUAAUUAUAAUUGUAUUAUGAUUUUUAAUGAUACACAUACGUGUUCGAACGAGCGUGCAUAAUUCCUGCUUAAGGGAAGAAUCGUGUGUAAAGACAUCGAGAUGUAUUAUCGGUUGUGAGCAAAGAAACAACGAAAGAAUGAAAAUUUUCGAGAAAAGAGAAAAGAGAAACAUCGCUGUUUUGCGAAAAGGCGUUCUUUUUUUUUUUUUUAUUAUGUAUAUAUAUACACACACUUUUCUUUUUUCUUCUUUUUCUUUCGUUCUUUUUCCACCGAACAUGAAUAAUAACCAUUUUGUACGAUUAUUCUAUCGCGAAAACUUGUACUCCGAUAUUAAUAUUACACGAUACGUAUAUAGAUAUACACGCGUACAUAUUAAAAUAUUGAUUUUUUUUUAUAUUAAGAAAAAGAAGAGGAAAUAAAAUGCAUUUAUCUGAUACACCACUAUAUAUGGUUAUUAUUCGAGGGAUUAAAAAGAAACAAGACACAAAAAUAAUAUCCUAUCACCUCUAUGCGAAUAUUGACAAGCUCGACGAGAUUAUGUUUGAUCGCGUUAAUUGACGAUAAUUAUGAACGUAAGACUAAAAAAAAAUAAAAAAAAAAAGAAGAAGAAGGAGGAGGAGGAGGAGGAUACAGUAAAAUACAGAGAAAUCGAAAGAACGGAGGAAAAGGUUGGAGAAACGUAUACGUAAUGAUACAAGUGUUUCGUAUCUAUUUGUACAGAUAUUGAAAUAUUGCGUUUAAAAAGAUUAACAUAAAGGUUCUUAUUUUUCUCCUUAAUUUUUUUCUUUUAAAUAAUCACGUUCAUUUCGUUGUUUAAAUUUCCAUAAUUCCACCUUCUUUCUUCUUUGAUUCUUUCAUAUAUAUAUAUAUAUAUAAAUAUAUAUAAUAUUUAUACGAUUAGGAGAAUUAAAUAUUUGAUAAUUUGAUUCGAGUUGAGGAAAAAGAGAAAAGAUAAGGGACUUGAUAAAAUUAAUGAAAAAAAAAUUAAAAAUUUGAAGAAAUUAAAAAAAUUACGACAGCGCUGGAAGAAUUGUUGAUUAAAAAUUAUAACGAGCCAAAAAACGAUUAGUGUAUUAUUAUAAAUCGAGUUUCUUGCAUAUCCAUUUUUUAUUUGUUUGAUUUAUAAAAAUCGUCUUAAAACCCCUUAAGGUUUUGUUACAAAAAAAAGAAAACAAAAAAAAAAAAGGAAAAAAAAAAGAGAAAAAAAAAAGAAAAAAAUUGUCUUUCGUCAUCGAUUCACCGAUCAUUAUUGUGACCGUUCGAAUCGUACGGAAUAAAAACAACGAGGAAUAAGAUACACGCGUGUGUAUACGACAAAAUCGUUAAAUUUUUAACACGAAAUGAGUGAGAUAACAUUAAUGAUCUCGUCCUGAUUGAUAAGAUAGGGAAACGCGGCAAUUGGUUCGAUCGAAAGGACAAAAACCGAGUCCUAGAUUCUCUGAAGAUUCUUGGACAGAACGGGAAGAAGAGGAGGGAUCGAAACGAGAGACCGAGCUGAAAAUGCGAAAGGAAAAAUGGCGUCGAGAUCGAAUUGGGUGAGAGUUCAUCGAAAGUUCAUCGUUCCUGUUUCGAGGAAUAUAUAUUAAUAUACAAUUCCCCACCUCUUUAACAGACCGUCGUGCAACACGUAAUCGAGAUAUUUAUCCAAAAAUGAAAAUCGAAUUUCAUCCCGAUUGAAAUGAGGAAAAGAGGUGGUAGAUUUUACGUCUCUUUAACGUGAGAAAUUAACGGAGAAACGCGUAUCCUAAGAUAUAAUUUACAAAGUUUCAACCAAGUGGCGUAUCUGUGCGAGGAGGAGUGAUGUAGCAAUUAAUAAUCGCCGUUACUUUCUUUCUUUUUCUUUAAACCGUCGCGAGAUAAGGAUACGAAUAUCAGUUCGCUCGUGUUACGAGUAUUCGAGUGGAAAGUUUAAUGUAAAAACUAAUCGCACACGAUGGUGGUUUCAAUAUCUCUUUUUUUAUUCCAGACAAAUUAUCGUUUAAUUUUUAAAAAAAAAAAAAAUCAUCCUCGCAUAGAUGCGAAAUUAGUUCCUGAAAGAGAGAAAAAAAGAUAAAUAUGUAAUCGCAACUUUCGUCCAGCGUACGUCCAAGAAAUGAUAAUCGAUUAGAAACGUAAUGUAAGUGGUAAGUGGAAAAUCUUACAGCAUACGCGUAGGAAUCUCACCCAAAGCCUGAAUUUGUUGUAACGAUUUAUAAAGAAACACGAGCAAGCCUUAAUCGUUUAGAUAUUUUAUUCGUAUUAUUAUGGUAUUAUUACGAUGAUUAAUCAAAUCGCGAGAAAAACGAGAGAGAGAGAGAGAGAGAAAAAGACGCGUUGAUGGACAGAACGUGUAUAAUUUUCGCGACUGAAUGAUGGAAAAAAAAAAAUCUUCGAGACUAGCUUUUAUCGAUGACAUACACAUUUUAUUCAGUAUUCCAAUUUAUAUUUUAACCACUUAACGCAUCCGUAUCCGUGAUAUUAUUCGCAAAUAGUUUUUCUUUUUACAUCAAUUUUUAUUCAAAAAUUCAAAAUGUUCAUUUUUAAUUGCUUUUUAUUAUGAAAAGAAAGAAACAAUUAUAAAUCUUUGCGUUAAAAGGUUAAAUUUAAUAAUCGCCGUUCGUUUUAAAAUUCCUAAAGUUCCUUUUUUAAAAAAAAAUCAUUCGAAAUUAUUUAAUGAAAGAUUUGGAAGAAAAGCGUGGUACGAAUGUAGUACCAAGCAAGUAAUGUUAUUAACGUAAAAUAAAUCUGUGAGCAAGUUUAAAUUUUGAUAGGAGAAUAUCACGUUAAAAAUUUGGAAAUUCAUAAUGCGUCGUUUACAUUUAUCUUUAUUUAAAAACAAAUAAUGCAAUUACUUAUAUAAAAAAAUUUUAUCGAAAGAUCAAAAUUAAAAUAUUCGAGAUUUACAUAGAUUUUUAAUAAAAAAAAAAAAAAACAAUAUUUUGUCUUGAUGUCUUCGAUUACCAAUCGCGUAUGAUCAAUACGCGAUGAUCGAAGAUAACCGAAGAGAAAGAAUCGAACGAAAAAUGAAUUUUUUUUUUGUGUGUAAAAGAAGAAAGAAAAAAAUCGAAGAGAAAUAUUCAUUCAAAAAGUCGCGCAAAUUACUAGUGUUAGCCGAUAUCGAGCAGACUGAUCGCAGAUAUAUUCGAUAAGCUGUACAAACGCGAUGUUCUUAAUUAGGUUAAGUUAUAUCAAUAACAGAGAUCCCAUGUUAAAAAUUUUCAUGAAUUUAGAACACUAGAAAUAAGCUUCGUAGAAAGGUCGUCUAGAGCAUACCAAUCGAUCGAUCAUAUGAUAUUGUUUGUAAUCUAUCUUCGUAUGAAAUAUAAAUUUCGAGAUAGCUGCACACCUGUCUAAACGAAAUUGUAAAUAUAAUGUAUUAAUAUUGUAACAAGAAUAUCAAAGUCUAAGUCAAUUGUACAUUCGAUUAAAAGAAUCUUCGUUUAGAUAAGUUUCUCAGCAAAAUUAUAAUUAAAUAAGUAAUAACAUCGGACUUCAAACGUCGAUACUUAACCUUUACAUGGUGACGUCAAAACAGCGCCGUACGAUUGUGAAUAUUUCUUCUUAAAUUCAAUUGUUCUUUGUGAUUAUUGUAUUAAUUUUUGAAUUAAACAAACAAAUCUGUAAAAAUUAUGUUCAUUUUAUUCAAUUUUUAUUUAUUAUUUUUUAUUUUAAUUUUCACGAACUUUUUCUGACAUAUAACUAUCGUUCGAUAAAAUUUUUUAACGCACCGCUGUAAACUCGAAAAGAAUAAAGGACCAGUAAUGUCGUUCGAUGCCAGAUAUCGUCUCGUUUAAAACGAAAACUUGGAGUUUUUCUUUUUUUGUCGUUAAAAGAUGCUCGAACCUUUUUAUAAUUUUGUUUGCGUUACAAUCGAUACGAUCUAAAAUUACGAUUUUAAUUUCGAGAAAUAGCCAAACUCGGAUUCUCGGACCACUAUUGAGUGGUCAACGUUUAAACGAUUUUUCAUUUCAAAAUUCUUGAAUCGAUAUCAGCGAUAUCGGAAAGUAACGUCACCAGUUUGAGGUUAAGUUUAAUUUCGCGUAUAACGAAAAAUAACGUCUCUGUGUCGAAACUAUUUGCUCGUGAAAUUAAAUUUCGGACAAGUAAACCAUUACGAAUAAUCACGAGAAAUAAUCGAUAUUUGGAUUCGUUCGAUGCUCGAAAAGCUCGGUCAAGGAUCUCUCGCUCUCCUCCGCAGCGCCAUCAACAAUCGAGAACUCUCUCGCAGGAAUUUUGAUCGCGAAAAAAAUAUCUCCACGGCCACGUUUCCUUUUGUCUUGUACGUACUUUUUUUGAUACCGAACAAGUAGAAUACCAGGCGCUCCCUUAGAAUCGUAUCUCGAAGGAAGCAAUACGACGAAAAUACGACGAAGCAAGAGAUGCGAGAUACAUCUUUAUGAAUUAUCUCGUGUCGGUAAACGUGGUUAACACUUUCAGGACGAUGCGAUAUUUGUUGGAUGUGACCGUUUUAGGUAAGAAUAGUGGAAUCAUAUUAUUUUAUCAUUUUUGAAAAAUAAAAAAAAAUCUUAUUGUAUACGUAUAUUAAGUAGAACGGAAAUGUUGAAAAUAUUGAAAAAUUAACCGUUCGAGACAUAUUUCUAUAUAACGACCGUGCUAUCAACCUUGUAUUCUCUAGUAAUCGAAGAGUCGAUAAUGAUAAUUUUCAGUAGAAUCAAACAAACGUUCGAUGCCAUCCUGAUCGUGUUGAGUAAUAAUUAAGCAAACAUGAAUGGGAAAAAUCUAAGAAAUAAUACGAGAGGACUGAUAAUAAAGAAAAUUGAUCGAAAGAAUGGAGUGAAAGACAAUCGAGGAAAAGGAUAAACGAGAUACAUCGAUACAAUUCGACGAGGUAAUAUCGAUUCGAUAAGAUUUUACUCGAUGAAUUUUGCGAAGAGAAACGCAGACAUUCGUGUCGAUACUCGUACGCUUGGACGAGUGGAUGUUGCGUUACAACGGAAGAAACCGGGAUUUCGGUGGAAAACUCGAUCGAACUAAAUCGAUGGUAUUCGAUUUUUUUAAAAUUUUGCGUUGUUGUAAAAUUUUUUAAAUGUAUUUAAAAAAUAUGUACGUCUUCUCUACAGAGAUAUGAUUUAAUUUCGAAUUUCGUUUUACCUUAUUUACAAAUUUUUAGAUGUAUUCGAUAUAACUGAAUAAAAAUGAAAUGGAAUCUUUUGUAAAAGGAUGGCCUAAGAAUUUUCUACGCGAUAAAGACGGGUGCAUUUAAUUUUGAUAUUUUAUAUACAUUGAUUAAUUAGACCAAAGAAUAAUUCUUACGCCUGCGCUACUUUGAGACGCCGAACAAUUUGAAUCAAGAUUUUAAAUCGAGAUUAUAUUUCAAUAAUUCUUUCGCCGAUUGGAAAACAUCCUUUUCGUCGAUAUUAUUCGAAAAUAAAAAAGUAGGGGAAACAAUUUUUCUUGUCGCAAAAGCGGAAUAACGAUCCGAUUUUAACGAAACGAAAUCGCGAAAUCCCGGCUCGCGCCACGAUCCUCGUGCGUUUUAAACAAUUUUAUUCGAUAAGAUUAAUCAGCGUUGCCCGAUUCUCUCGUGUCUGAAUCAUUUUUCCAGGAUUCCUUUCGUACAUUUUUGCCUCGUGAUUUACAAAAAAGAGAUCUCGUUUCGCAUUUCGAAGUAUUUUUCGAAAGAAAAAGGAGAAUUACGAAUCCAAAAAGCUCGGAGAAUUCAAAUAACAAUUUUCGAGGAUUCGAGAGAGACGCGUGACGCGCAUUUUACCGCUUACAAUUAGCAUCGAAUCGUUUAGUUCUCAUUCCUUGGCCGAGUCCUCGGUGAUGCCAGAUUCUCCCUCGAUUCUUUUUUUACCAGGCGAUCGAACGAACAAAACCCUUCUCGGGUUCGUUCGAAGAAGAUUACCCAGCAAAAUAGAAAAGAAAAGAAAAAACUAGAAGAAUUUUUUUCUCGGGUGUUUACACAAGGAGGGAAAGGGCGAAGAAGAAGGAAAGCAUUUUUCGAUCUGGCAUCAUUCGACGAGGAGAUGUCGCUCGCUGCUCCACCGCGAAUAACCUUCGAACGAAAAAUUGCAAGAAGGUAGAAAAAUAUGGUCUUUUUCUCUUUUUCUUUCCUUUUUUCAUCCUUUUUCUUCAAGAAACAAAAACGCGUUUCGUGUUUCGCGAGAAAAGAAAAAUUGUCGUUCGUGUGAAGUUAAUUAACGGAGAAGGAAUCGAGAUUUUUCAUGAAAAGAGGGGAUUCGAUUGUACACGUUGUAACGGAUUGAACGCUCUUUCAAAAUUUAUUUCUGUGUCGCAUUUCUAUGUUUCGUUCUCUCGCCGUAAAAUAUGCGGUCUAAUCUGACUACCGGUUUAAAUUUCUCGAAAAUCUCGCAAUCGCACACGAUUUUCAUGAUAACGAAAUUCCAUCAAUCAUCCGACAUACCAGAUUAAUCGCAACGUUUAAAUUAAAUAAAAAUAUUUCCAUGCUUUUGUCAUUAUACAAAAGGCUGAAUUAUAAUUUUGUAGAUUUUUUUUAAAUUUUAAAAAGUAACGUCGAUUCGAAGAAUGGGUUUAAAAUUCGAAUGGAAGAAUCGAAUGGAAGAGAGAAGGAGAGAAAGCGAGAGUCGACAAAUACUACUUGCGAUUCUUCGAAACACGCCAAUUCCAAAAACUGCAAACUGACUGCAAACUGUGCACAAUAUGAAUAGGUUAGGGAAGAAGAAUAAGAAAGAAAGAGAAAGCGAGACACGCGCGCAUGCGUAUGGAAAAAUUAGUACACACGGUGAUUGGAAAAAUUAUGAUGAUAAUUAAAUAAGCGAGUUUAACAUUACCCGUUUGUACGAUAAGGAGAAAAUUUAGAAGAAAAAAGAUACAUGUAUAGUAAAUAAAGGAAAGAUAAGCGACAGGAGUAAAAGAGAGAAAUACCUAUAUACGCGUAAUAUUUAUACGUAAAGUGUAAAUAUCGCACGUGCAUAGACGAGUAACGUGGAACGUAUGCGAGAGAGAGAAAGAGAGAGCUAUUUUAUAAGACGAGUUCGAAGAGUGCGUGAGUGGGCGGCGAUUAAUUUCUUUUUUUAUUUCUCUGACUUGCCCAUGAAUAUAUAUCCCAUAUGUAAGAGAUGUUAUAAGGAUUACCUAUAAAACAUGAAAAUAAAUAUCAUGUAAACACCGAGAA